CACUUUGCUCAUUUACAACACCAUAGAGAGUGAGAGAGAGAAACAAAGGAAGUAGACACUAGAGAGUGAAAGAGCUUGAAGAUAUGAUGUUUCCUAAGGAGAGAGAGAUAGGUAGCAGCAGUGGUUUGGGUCAGGGUGAAGUAAAUGUUGAGAAGUUGAGCUUCUUCAAGAUCUUUCAGGGUGAAGACUUAUCCUCUGAAAGCAUGAGAGCGUUUCCUUACGACUUCAUAAGAAACGUCCCUCAAAACGACUACUCCAGUAACAUGGUGAUAAGGACGCAAUGGGGAGUCUCAUGGGAAGUCAAAGUCUCCAUGAACCCAAGAUUCUACUACAUGGAGAAGCGUGGUUGGAACCAGUUUGUGAACGACAACGCCUUGGGAGAUAAAGAGCUCGUUACCUUCACUCACACUGGACUCAUGUGCUUCAAUGUCAACAUCUACGAGGAGAAUGGCAAGGAGCUUGUGAGGCCCCGGACAAUGGCUUCUCUAAGUGGGAUCAAGAAAGAAGUAGGAGAGAGCAGCAAGAAAGAUGUGAAGAAGGCUGAGGAGACAGGAGGUGUUAGGGUCAAAAGCAAGAGAUUUGAGGAAGGCAAAACAUCCAAGAAGAAGAAGAAGAAGAAGAUGAAGAAGAGCAAUAACGAUGAGGAUACUGUUCCAGUAUUCAACAUCACCAUAACGACAUCAUACCUCAAGUUCCUGCCAAUCCCAAGGUACUUUGCUGACGUGCAUAUCCCGAAUAAGUCUAAGAUGGUGGUGACCAUUCACCACUCCAAUGGGAACUGUUCAUGGGAGGUGGUUUGCUUGGUGAGGAAGGCAAGGGCAAUCUUCUCAGGUGGAUGGGCGAGAUUGGUUAGAGAGUACCCUUUGUCAGUCGGUGACUUUUGUACCUUCAAGUUCAUCAAACCAACCGAGUUUCACCUUGAUGUCUCCAAGAAGGUCGAAGAGAUCAUGUCUGACUGAUAAAUGAAUGAAAUGUUAAGUGUCUUGUUGCUUUCUUAUUAUCCAUAAAGACAAGUUUGAUCACUUUAUGUGUUUGUGAAUGUUUCUCUUUAGCUAAUGUUUAAUGUGUCUGUGUGGUUUUUAAAUACUUUAACAUAAUGUUGAUGAUUAGUUUCAUCUUUUGGACUAUUAUGAAUAUUAAUAUUUUAGUAGUA